AUGGCCAAAGUAACAAGUAAAAAGAAAUAUUCAGGUGCUGGUGAAAACCAAGUUGCUGCUGAAAAACAUAUGAACUCUGUUUUCAAGUUCAAUACAGAUUUGGGUCAACAUAUUUUGAAAAAUCCACUUAUAGCUCAAGGUAUUGUUGAUAAAGCUAAUAUUAAACCUUCAGAUAUUGUUUUAGAAGUUGGUCCAGGUACUGGUAAUUUAACUGUUCGUAUCUUGGAAAGGGCUAGAAAAGUUUUUGCUGUGGAAAUGGAUCCAAGAAUGGGUGCUGAAUUAACUAAAAGAGUUCAUGGUACACCAGUAGAAAAAAAAUUAGAAAUUAUGUUGGGAGAUUUUAUGAAGACAGAAUUACCAUAUUUUGAUAUAUGUAUUAGUAACACUCCAUAUCAAAUUUCAUCUCCAUUAGUUUUCAAAUUAAUAAAUCAACCAAGACCUCCAAGAGUUUCCAUACUGAUGUUUCAAAGAGAAUUUGCAUUAAGAUUGUUAGCAAGACCAGGUGAUUCAUUAUAUUGUAGAUUAUCAGCAAAUGUUCAAAUGUGGGCAAAUGUCACACAUAUUAUGAAAGUUGGUAAAAAUAACUUUAGACCUCCACCACAAGUUGAAUCUAGUGUUGUUAGAAUAGAGAUUAAAAAUCCAAGACCCCAAGUUGAUUAUAAUGAAUGGGAUGGUUUAUUAAGAAUCGUUUUCGUUAGAAAGAAUAGAACAAUUGCAGCUGGUUUUAAAUCAACAACAAUUUUAGAAAUUUUAGAAAAAAAUUACAAAACAUAUUUAGCUACAUUAGAUGGUGAUGCUAUGAUGGAUGUUGAAAACGCAAGUAAAAAAAAUGGAUUAUUAGAAACUGUUAAAGAAAAAAUUAAUCAAGUCCUAACUGAAACUGGAUUAUCUGAAAAAAGAGCUGGUAAAUGUGAUCAAAAUGAUUUCUUGAGACUUUUAUAUGCAUUCCAUCAAGUUGGUAUUCAUUUUGCAUGA